AUGGACCAACCCCUUGUCUCCUCAAAAAGCAAGAAUGCUGCUCGCGUUGAGGAUAAAUGUGCUUGCCAAGGGAUACAGUGGAUAUCGGUUGGAGAAUGUCACAAGAAAUGGUGGCGGCCCUUCAAUCCGCAUUUUGCGUAUCUUAUGUACCUCAACAAGGUACGGUUGGCUGCAGCGGCGACUUGGCUCCGCUUGCUCAUCUUGCUCUUGGCCUACUGGGAGAAGGAAAAAUGUGGAGUCCUAGCACGGGCCGUCGUUCUCAAGAAGCAUAACCUGAAACCGCUAGAACUCGGCCCAAAAGAGGGUUUGGCGCUGAUCAAUGGCACUCAAAUGGUGACCUCUCUCGGAGCUUACGCCGUCGAAAGAGCUCGCAACAUCGCCAGACAGGCAGAUGUGAUCGCCGCUUUGUCGUUGGAUGUUCUCAAGGGGACCACUCGAGCUUAUGACCCAGAUAUCCACCGAAUUCGUCCUCACAAAGGCCAAAAUCUAUCAGCACUUCGACUUCGAUCUCUACUUCAUUCAGACGCUAAUCCUUCACAAAUUGCUGAAUCACAUCGAAACUGCAACAAGGUGCAAGACGCCUAUACACUGCGAUGCGUACCACAG